UAAUGCCCCCACUAACCCCGCCUUUCUUUAUUGGAAUUUCAUCAAACACCUUUUCUUCCUCCACUCGAACGCCAUGCUUCUUCUUCCACCUCCCUUCUCCUUCCACCAUUCCAAGAAUCCAUGGAUUGGUACUCUUGGCUCUCCGACGCCGACCUCGAUCCCGACCUCGUCUACCACCUCUCCCUCCUCUUCUCCGGCAACCAGCUAGGCGAAGACGACAUCGCCCACUUCGACCAUGAGUUCCUGAAGAGCAUGGGAAUCUCCAUCGCCAAGCACCGACUGGAGAUCCUGAAGCUCGCCAAGAAGAGGAAGUACUCCGGCCUCCGCCGCUUCACCAGGUUCCUCGCCGCCGCCGGGAGCUCCAUAGCCAAGUAUCUUAGCUACUCCCUGCUCCGCCGGAAUUCCUCAGCUAUCGUCGUCGUGGCGGCUCCGGCGCCGGCGAAGGGGGACAUGCUGAAGAGGCGAAGGAAGAUGGUAGUAGCGGACGGUGGCGGCGGCGGCGGAGCCAGAGUGGCUCCUCCGACUGCUGCGGUGGCUGUGAAGCACGCCGGCGAGAUCAGGUGGGACUCCAUGUUUCAGGACCUCAAACCAAAUUGACCAGCAGCAACGUUGCAGUCGGCUUGCCAUGUAAUUACAUAAAUAUUUCACAUUAGUACACUUAUUUUCCAUAUUUUCACAAAGCAAGCCCUUCGUAGUCGAGUCCUUAUAGUUCA